AUGAUAUUAUACAUAUUCCAGUCUACGUUCUUAUCAGCCAAAUUUGACUUUGAAAAAUUAUGCUCUAGUUUAGAACUUGAGAAAUCAAGCCAAAUUCAGUUUAUCAAAAUAAAAUUUUCCCUUAUUUUUUUGCCGGACUUGAUCACCGGAAAUUCAAAAAACUUCCCGCCGGUAUCCCAUUAUUCUCGAACAGUAAAUUUCAGACAAAUAAGAAGAAAAUGCUGCAAGAAAGCAACAAUUGAGAACUACUUGCAAGAAUUCGAGAGGACUGAAGCCCAGAACAAUCCCAUUUCACUUUGCUCCUCCUCAUCUUGUGAGCAUAUAAAAAACAUAAGAUACCCUUUCCGGUUGAAAGGUGACCCCAAGAAUUGUGGCUAUCCCAACUCCAAUUUUGAGCUUGAUUGCCAGAUCAAUAAAACCAUAUUGAACCUGAAAUCUGCAAAAUAUUAUGUCGAAGCAAUUGAUUACAGUGACUUCUCGAUGCGCUUAGUUGAUCCUGGCGUAGAAAAGGGCAAUCUUUCUUCAUGUCCAAUUUAUUCUACGGACUACGAUGAUUGGCCUAGCACCAUUUUCGAUAAGUUCUUUUCCUGGAACAUCCCGAUCGUCUUUAUUCACUGUCUAGCUCCUACAAAUUCUUCAAUCUACGUAAAAGCUGCCUUCUGUGGUAAUAGGAGUAACACUUUCUCCAACUCUUCAGAAAGUUAUAGUUAUGUUACAGUGGGAGGUUAUAUUCAUCUAUCGGAUUUGGAGGAAUCCUGCACUGUAGACAGGGUGUUUCAGGUCUCAUCGCGUAGGAUUAUGAGAGAUAAUUCUUCUUUGUUGGGCAUUUAUGAUGGCUUGGCUUAUGGGUUUGAGCUUUCGUGGUUCCGUGUUCUUUGUGAUGAAUGUGUAAAGAGCAAUGGCUUUUGCAGUUUAGAAGGCAAUCAAAUCAGUUGCAAACACUACUGCCGUGAGGAUAUUCCACUAUUAGAACUUGGGUUUGGAUGUCGGUUUCAGUACUAUGGAACUAUUAUUGGAGUUUUUGGUGCAAUUAUAAUUGCUGCUUUCGUAGGUCUGAGAUUUUUAUGUGGAUUUACUUUCCUGGUUGGACUAGUGAUGCCUCCAAAGCCUUUUGUGGCUCCACGUGAGAUAGUGGAAGAUCAUGGAAUAAGUGUUUCUCUCUAG